CUUAAGUUUAGUUAGCUCUGAUCAUUUCUGGUUUGCAAUGGCUGCAAGGACAUUUCAGACAGUGAGGCCACAUGUUCCACUUAUUAAGUUUCGAGGUGGAAACAUCACAAAAGACACACCUGCAGUAAUGACACCUGCCACCAAAGGUAAAUCAGAAACUGCUCCUUCCACACCACAAACCACAAAAAUAGCCACACCAGGAUCAAUUUUAGAACACCACCAGUUACCCAAGAAGUAUGCUAGAACACCAUUAUCAAUAGAAGAAAUGGAAUAUAUACAGAGAGGUGGUCCAGAUGUACUAUGAAUAUCAAAAGCAAUAUCUAGAUCUGUUUUAAAUUAUUUUCAUGUACAUGUAUUUUAUGCUUCAAAUGUUAACAAUAAAUAUAACAUAAACCAAAA